AUUUUAUUGUUGGUAAUUUUCAAAUUUCUUCGAUUUUUCUCUUCAAAUCUCUAUAUAGAGUAUAUGCUGAUAUAGCAUAAUUGAAGUUCUCACUUUUACUAUGCCUAAUGGAUUGUUAGCUAAGGUAACAGUGUAGAAAAUACCACGUGCCUCAACAGUUUUCUUAAAUAAUUUAUUCACCAUCUUGAUUCAUUCGUGCUGACUUAUCUACAACAAUCGAUAGUAUUUCUGAACCUGCGCCCCGGCUUCACCACCAUGAACAGGAAGACUAUAUGUCCAGCCACAGGCAAAGACAUGAAGGUAACCGUCGUGGGUGACGGCACCGUUGGCAAGACGUGUCUCCUCGUCACCCACAUCAAAGGCGUCUUUCCAGAGGAGUACGUGCCAACUGUAUUCGAGAACUACAAGCACGAACAGGUCAUCGGCGACACGACCUACGUCAUGACUCUCUGGGACACCGCUGGCCAAGAGGAGUACGAGAAGUUACGGCCUCUAUCAUAUCCUCUGACUAGCGUGUUCAUAUUGUGCUUCAGUCUAAAUACAAUGUCCAGCUUCGAGAACCUUUCUAAGAAAUGGAUACCUGAACUGAGAGCGCACAGCGACAAGAUUCCUAUUCUUCUUGUUGGCACCAAGAAGGACUGCCGAGGAACUGACGGUCUAAGUCCUAAACUGGGCGAGAAUUUGUGUCGCAAGAAAGGCCUGCUGCAGUACCUGGAGUGUUCCUCGCUCACCCAGGAAGGCCUCAAAGAAGUGUUCGAAGCGGCGGCUCUUGCCGCUGCCGGCGAGUUCAAAAAGAGCUCAAAAACUUGCAGUAUUUUGUAGUCUUUAUAAUUCAAUACCAUGGCAGUAAUUGCUUCCUCCAGUGGCGUUUCGUGUAACAGCAAUUUUUUAUGGUAUCUGCGGAAGAUUUACUUUUGGUUCGUAUUCUUGGCAUUUGUUCUUGGUAUUGAGGCGUGGUCCGAGGAGUGACUGUUUAAGUGUCUCUCAACAAGCAAGCGGUGAUGCAAUUUUGGCAUCGCCGCAACCGUUGAUGUGGCGUCGUUGUUGAAGUUGUUCUUUCGUCGGUAAUUGAACGGAUGGCUACUGCGUUUUUUUAGCAAUUGUUGCUGCAGCCUAUCCGAGCUUGGAACUGAUAGAUUUGGUGGUAUGUUUCUUUCUAAACAUCAGAGUCCAAACUGCACAAAGACAUUUCGAAGUCUUAUUGCUAUAUCAACGUCUCACGCAAACUAUAGCUGCCCUUACUGUUAGUUUUGGAAAAGCUUAUUCUGAGUCGGUAUAUCGUUCCUGUUGUAAAUAUUCUAAUAUUUUUGAGAGAAAGUUGCUUAGAUUAGGAUUAACUUGCGGUGUGAUUUAACUUCAGUUCCUCGAAAACAACACGCAUGCUUACUUCAUAAAAUUUUCCCCGUGAUUGUUCCCAGUUGUAGUCUUCCUAUCUGGCUGUGCUGCGAAUGGUAUGCACCAUAAAUAUAAAAAUAUUUAUAGUUGUCACAUGUAUGCAUCUCAUGUACAGAUCUUGUUGUGAUCGUAAAAGAUAUAUUGAAGUCAAGCAUCGCUGAUUUCUACCUUCGACCUUCAUUAACUGGGCUGUUUUGAAUUGAGUCCAGUUGCUGGAUGGAAAUCGUGAAUCUGUUCAGAAUUGUAUACGUAAUUGAUGCAUAGAUUUUCAAGUGCAGACUUCUGCAAUUUUACUUGAACUUUCACUAUAAAUUAAGUGGAUGAGAAACGCACUCAAUAUCUCGAUAUCCUUGUGUUGUGCAAACAACACAAAUCGGUGCCUUCUGUCGUUUCUUUCUGUGAAUAUGUGCUUGUAUUAGUGUAUUUGAAAGCUGUUUUAUUUAAUGAAGUACCAUGUAUAUUUGCUCGGUGCAAUGCGGACCAUCUUUAAAUUACUGUGUAUAAAUGUUUAUGCUGAAUUCUCUAUUAUAAGUGUUUGUCGACUGCCGGUGUCUUAGUAUUCUAGUGAAUAGUCUCCUCGUCUUGUACUACUCGUUAUGUUUUUCAUGCAUGAAACCUGCGUCAACGAUCGUAGCGUCAAAUGCCGAGUUGUGAUCUAUGUACAUAUAUGGACAAUCAACAGGAAAUGUUAGGGUUUUUGUCUCAAUUUACUGCCAAACUACAGCAAAAAUUUGGCACAAACGUCAUUCCAUAUGUUCUCAGCAAGUAUCUUUUGCUUUGAAUGAGCCAUUGAUACCGUAGACAUUCUGAUCCGAUUUAGCCUUGGCCACACUAGAAUGAUCGUCAAUACACAUUUUCAUGCCUUAGCUCCGAUUGCUGUCCUCAAAUCAAGUCAUGAAUUAGUUUCUUGGUAAAUUUUGUAUAAUCGUUCACAUCUUGUUUAUUUCAGGUUGUGAAGCAAUGCAAGAUUUAUUCGCAGCGAUUCCCGAGUUUCGUGUCACCUAAAUCAUUCUAUUCACUGUUCACCUUUGGUACCGUUCAUUUGGCGACCAUCGGAAGAACAUUUUCUUCGUUUUACCCGCCCUUUUUGUUUUAAUCGGCCAUGUAGGUAAUUUACGAAAGCAGAGUUCCAAUGAUCGGUUUACAAUAAGUAAUAUAGCUGAAAAAAUCCUCUUUAUUCUGUCAUGGCGGACCGAAACCUAUUGUUAAUUUAGUCUAUUCAAUUAUCACGUGUGCCAAACUAGACUGGGAUAAUCGCAGGGUUUGUUUCUGUUUUAUUCUCGCUUCUAAGUGGAUUUCAAUGCCGUAUUUAUAAGUAAUUGAUGAUGUGUCUGGAGAAUCAUAUUGCAUUGAUUUUUAUUCAAUGUGUAAAUAUUAUAUUUACUUCUCUACUAAGCAACAGUUUUUUCCCUUAACGAAUAUUUACUGUUGGUUACACUUCCGUAUUCAUUUCCAUACGAGAACGUUAGUCUGUCAAGUUAAUUUCUAUAUCGAAUGUAGAUAUUCGGUCUUGUUUGAAAUCCGAAUAGUUACUAAUUUUAAAGAAAACGUCAUGUUCUUUACAAUUUUUAUUCCUAUUUCAAAUUAUCAAUGUUAUACUUAUUUGAAAUAAACUUUUCCUGUCAAUUAAAAGAGUGAACUUUUACUCCGCUCCUUUGUUUAAAUUUGAUUUCAUAAAAAUAUUUUCCUGCAUACUCUUUCAUUGUCCGAUUAGCUCACAUUAAAAUGAGGUAAUAACGAAAGAACAGUCCACUUCAAACAAGAUCCCAUACCCAGACGUUAUUUUAUUUGACUCACUACUCGUAGGCCUCUCCAGAACCGAGGGGCCAUGAAUUCAACUUUAGGUGCAGAUAGGAAGAUCUUUUUCGACUGAUUUUCAAUAAUUCGUAAAGUCACAAAUUUUUUUGAAUUGGUCUAAAGAAACCUUAUGUGUUUUUUUUAUUAAAGAAACGUAGCCCAAUAUGGAACCAAUCAUUUAUGUUUUUUAUAAUAUCUUUAAAAUAGUACAUUUUUAGUGUAAACAUCCUUUAUUCAUUAUUACAGCAUUAUUGUUAGUCCUACUAUAUUAAUAACUGCAAUAUUCCAAAUUGAAUUGAGGCAACACACAAUUAGGAUGUUACUAAACAAGAUUCUAUAUUCAAACCUAUUACGGAUGGUCUUGAUAAGCUCCUGAAGAAUGCUGUACUUUCAAUAAAAUUGUGUAACUGAUAAAAUAAGUGUUCAGGAUUUUUUAUUUUUGCAUGUAUAUACUCAUGGAAAGGUAAAGAACAACUACAGCCUUUUGCAACUGCAAUUAAAUAUAUCCAGGAUACACAUUAGCCAAUCGCGUGUUAGCGUCAUUUGUUAGCUACGUCGUGGGGUGAACAUCAGCUAAGGGGGUAAGAUGCUAAGUUCCACUAGAAUUCAAUAACGUAAUGAAACAUUUCAGUAUAACUGUCAUAACUAAAUACUAUAUGUGUUUUCUAUAUUCUUUUUAUAUUGUUACUCCAUUAUGCUCAUGUCAUGCUUGUAUUCUAAAGACCUAUACCACCCUCAGGUGUUGGUCGUGCCGUCAUUCUCCAACCCAUCAAUAAACAUUCUAAACCUU